CUCCAAAAUAUUUUAAUCAGUUUGUAGUGUGCUUUUGUCGGAAUUUUAUGUCAGAGGAAUUUUAAUUUAAUUAAAAGUGAACGACUCAACAAGAAAAAUGGAUUUAACAUGCCGCACCGAGAGAAAAUUUGACUCGCCUGUGGCAAAGCUAUCGCAAAAAGCCAAUGCAUUUUCAAUAGACUCUUUGCUGGCACAGAAAGUUCCUAAACAAAUGCAAGUUUCGGCAUUCGAUGGACUUAAUUCAGUAUCAGCGGUAACGGGAACUUCUAACCCCAAACAUGCUGAUUUACCACCAGGCGAUAUAAAUGACGACAAUUUACCCUGCGAGUCCUUUGAAGCGAAACACCCCAGCCCGUCUGUUUCCCCCCGAUCUUCGGACAGUGGUUCUCCGGUCAUUCCUAUUGACCACUACUCCGAAGAGUGUCCAGAAUUAGCGGACGUCAGGUGCCGAUUGGAAUCUAGGGAUCUCUGGAAAAAGUUCCACGAACUGGGCACGGAGAUGAUAAUUACCAAGUCUGGGAGACGUAUGUUCCCGACAUUACGCGUGUCCUUCAACGGGCUAGAGAGUGACCAGGAAUAUAUUGUUGCCAUGGAUAUUGUUCCAGUUGAUAACAAGCGAUACAGAUAUGCCUAUCACCGAUCAACCUGGCUGGUGGCGGGAAAAGCAGACCCUCCCGUUCCCUCCAACAUCUAUGUUCAUCCAGAUUCCGUUUUUACUGGCGCACAGCUUCAAAAGCAGACGAUUUCGUUCGAAAAACUGAAGCUGACCAAUAAUGUUCUGGACAAAGCUGGACAUAUCAUUUUAAAUUCCAUGCACAAAUACCAGCCUCGAAUUCACAUCAUCCGAAAAACAGCCACGACACCCAAUCCCCUAACAUCACUGAAAUCAACGGAACACAAAACGUUCGUCUUCUCAGAAACUGGUUUCAUUGCUGUCACGGCCUACCAAAACCAACUGAUUACAAAGUUGAAAAUAGACAGCAACCCUUUUGCAAAAGGCUUUCGAGAUUCGAGUCGUUUGUCAGACAUAGAAAGGGAAACAAUGGAAAGCCUGCUAAAUGGACAAUCACACUCAAAUAUAACAGCAAUGAACGAGGAACUUCACAAACAAAGACAGACAAUAUUUAGAGGUUUGGGAGAUUCCGAGCUUGCCCUGUCGCUGUUGCAUGGAGCCAAUUUGGUGGCUGGGUCCACUACAGCAAGUCAGUCUUUAGGAAACAUGGCCAGCAGGAGAUUAUCCCUUCCUCUAUCCCCUCUCUAUUACGGCGCAGCUUUACCCAAUCAGGAAUUUUUACGUCAUCAAUUGUUCAACCAAUCAACAUCGUCAUCCAUUCUAUUAUCGACACACAGAUAUCACCCAUAUCUGAAAUAGAAAUACAUUUAGAAGAAAAAAAAAAUUAUGUACGAAUAAAAUGCAAUGUAUAAAGUGAUUAACGUGA